AAACUAGGGACCCGGAGGGGGGCAGAGGAUCCUCUAGAAAGAAAGCAACCGAAACACCGAUGCUGCCUUCACUAGUUGUGGGAUAAAUGGACUGUCAGCGGCUGCAAAUGGAUCGUCAUCGGGCUUUAAUCAAUUUAUCAAGUUGGGAGGAAUAGGAGAACCAAAGUUGCCUUUAUUUUGCAGUAUACAGACAGGAAAUGAGCAGAGAGAGAAGGGAAGACAUGCAGCAAGGGUCCCAGGGUCGGAAAUCGAACCCCAGACGGCUGCGUCGAGGUCUCACAGCCUCUGUAUAUGCUUGAGCUAUAAAUGUGUCAGCAUCAGAGCACUCAGUAUGAAGAAGUCGGCCCGGCCAGUGGCGAGUAAGAUCAGCGGAGAACGAGGGAGAUCGGAGGUUGCUGGCACCGGAAAGUCCUCAGCCAAAAGUGCCGCUCCUCUGAAUAAGGUGAAAAGCAACGAUGAUCUUCUAGCAGGCAUGGCUGGAGGGAAUUCUGUCUCCAAGGCCAAGAAGAUCGCCACUGUUGGAAGUAGCUCUAACAACCAAGAAAGCAAGCCAAAAACCACAUCGGGGUCUCUGACCAAGCGUACAACAUCAACAGCUGCCAAGGAACCAAAUUCUUCACGAGAUCGUCUCCGGACAACAAGGAGUUCAGCUGCUAAAAAGCAGUCGGUAUCAGUGGCUGCAGCGGGGGAUGUAGCCUCAGGAAAGCGCUCCCGGAGCCAGAUCGUGGCCGAGUCAGAGGGCCGCAUGAGCAAGUCUAAAUCAGAAGGUCAGAUCAGUGAUAAGGUUGCUUUAGAAGCCAAAGUAAAAGAUUUGCUGAGUUUGGCUAAGAGCAAAGAUGUGGAGAUCCUCCACCUUCGCAGUGAGCUGAGGGACAUGAGGGCCCAGCUUGGCCUCGGGGGAAAGGAGGCAUCGCAGCAGGAGGCUGGAGAGGAAGAGAAGCCCCAGGUUUCAGCCAUUACAGCCGCUGAUGUGGAGUCCACUCUGAUUCUCUUACAAGAGCAAAAUCAAGCCAUUAGAGAGGAGCUCAACCUGCUCAAGAGUGAGAAUCGCAUGUUGAAAGACCGGCUCAAUGCGUUGGGCUUCUCUCUGGAGCAAAAGCUGGAUGGCUCUGACAAGCUGUUCAGCUACCCCUCCCUGAGUCCAGACCUGUCAGCCAGCGGUGCACACAGUGACGGUGGCUGCACAGGUACACUGACAUCAUCAGUAGAAGGCUCCGCCCCUGGUUCUCUGGAGGAUCUGCUCACAGGGCAUCAGCAUGGAGGCUCAGUGGACAACCUUGACAGUGAAUCAAGUGAGGUCUACCAAGCUGUCACCUCCAGCGAUGAUGCUCUGGAUGCACCCUCUGGAGCUUCCUCUUCGUCCGAGUCAGAGUGCGCUCCGAGCGCAGAGCGCUUGCGGAGGGGCAGCUGUGGCAAUGGCAGCGAGGUGUCAGUGGCUUGUUUGACGGAGCGCAUCCACCAGAUGGAGGAGAACCAGCACAGCACCGCCGAGGAGCUUCAGGCCACCCUGCAGGAGCUGGCUGAUCUGCAGCAAAUUACCCAGGAGCUGAAUGGAGAGAACGAACGGCUUGGCGAGGAGAAGGUCAUCCUCAUGGACUCCUUGUGCCAACAGAGCGACAAGCUGGAGCUGUAUGGAAGACAAAUUGAAUACCUGCGCUCGCUUCUGGAUGAACAUCAUAUCUCCUACGUGCUGGAGGAAGACAUCAAGAGCGGGCGCUACAUGGAGCUGGAGCAGCGCUACGCAGACCUGGCGGACAAUGCCCGCUUUGAGAGGGAGCAGCUGCUGGGUGUGCAGCAACAUCUGUCCAACACGCUGAAGAUGGCUGAGCAGGACAAUGCUGAGGCCCAGGAGAUGAUCACAGCACUGAAGGAGAGGAACCACCAAUUGGAACGCAUCGUGGAAUCAGAGAGACAGGAUCGAGCUGCCUUGGAGGCCGCGUUGGAUGAGUACAAGGCGGCGGUGAGCAACGACCAGGCAGAACUGAACCGCUGCAGAUCCCAGCUGGACCAGGAGAGGCAGAGGGUGGCUGAACUGUACUCUCUGCACACCGCCGGUGACAAGAAUGACAUCUGCCAGCUGCUGGAGGCGGUGCGGCUGGGGAAGGAGGAGGCAGAAGCUAAGGCAGCAAAGUUGCAGGAGGAGCUUGGACAAGUGCAUACUGAGCUCAACCGGCUGCAGGAGACAUUCAGCAAGCUGGACAGUGAAUACAGAGAUUUCCAGGAGCAGGCGCAGCAGCAGAUAGCCGAGCAGGAAGGCGCUCUGGAGAAGCAGCGCGUGGAGCUCCAGGAGAAAGAGACUGAGAUCAGCGACAUGAAGGAAACCAUAUUUGAGCUGGAAGACGAAGUAGAGCAGCACCGAGCUCUGAAACUUCAUGACAACCUCAUUAUCUCAGACUUGGAGAACUCUGUGAAAAAGCUGCAAGACCAAAAGCAUGACAUGGAGCGAGAGACAAAGACUCUUCAUCGCAGACUCAGGGAGGAGUCGAUGGAGUGGCGUCAGUUCCAGGCUGAUCUGCAGACAGCUGUGGUCAUUGCUAAUGACAUCAAGUCCGAGGCACAGGAAGAGAUAGGAGACUUGCGGCGCCGGCUGCAGGAAGCCCAGGAGAAGAACGAGAAGCUGAGCAAAGAGCUGGACGAAGUCAAGAGCCGAAAGCAGGAGGAGGAGAGAGGCAGAGUGUACAACUACAUGAAUGCAGUCGAGAGGGACCUGGCAGCUCUUAGACAGGGGAUGGGUCUCAGUCGGAGAUCCUCCACCUCCUCAGAGCCUUCACCCACUGUUAAAACACUCAUCAAGAGCUUUGAUAGUGCCUCACAAGGUCCACCGUCUAAUGGUGCCACUGUAGCUCCUACAGCCUCAGCUCCCCCAUUAUCUCGGACCCCCCUCAGCCCCAGCCCCAUGAAGACCCCCCCAGCAGCUGCUGUUUCACCAAUGCAGAGACACUCCAUACCUGGGUCUAUAUCAGCAACGAAACCCCUGUCAUCCUUGAAUGAUAAGAGACCCAGUUACACAGACAUAACCAUGCCAGCUGACCACCUCCUCAGGGGAACCCCAACCAGCCGACCUCCUCCUGUCCUGCAGAGGGUCUCCAACAUCGACUCCACCAAGGCUAUUUCAGUGUCGCGCAGGAGCAGUGAGGAGAUCAAGAGGGACAUAUCAACUUCAGAUGGGGCCUCCUCCACAUCCCUUAUGGCUAUGAGUGCUGCUUCCUCCCAACUCUCCCUGUCCUCCUCCCCCACAGCCUCUAUCACGCCCACAACCCGCAGCCGCCUGAGAGAGGAGAGAAAGGACCCUCUGUCAGCACUGGCCAGGGAGUAUGGAGGCUCCAAGAGAAAUGCUUUACUCAAGUGGUGCCAAAAAAAGACUGAAGGUUAUCAGAACAUCGAUAUCACCAACUUCAGCAGCAGCUGGAAUGAUGGCCUCGCCUUCUGCGCUUUGCUGCACACCUACCUGCCUGCACACAUCCCUUACCAGGAGCUCACGAGCCAGGACAAGAGGAGAAACUUCACUUUAGCUUUCCAGGCUGCAGAGAGCGUUGGCAUCAAAUGCACAUUGGACAUUAAUGAGAUGGUCCACACAGAGCGGCCCGACUGGCAGAGCGUCAUGACAUACGUUACAGCUAUCUACAAAUACUUUGAGACUUGACCUCUGACUCCAUCGUCUCACCCACCCUGUAGCUACAGCACAAUCAGAGCCACAUCGACCCUCCUGAGCUCUCGGCAACUGUUCCGUCAUCAACUGUUAUACCUCACCGCCCCUCCCCCACACCGCACACGUCUGUGCUCACUAUUUAAUGGCGAUAACAGCUGACCUAGACCUUACACAACUGGGGCUCGAUCAUAUGUUUACUGUUACACUAGCAAGCCAUGAGAAGUAACUGCUUAAAGCUGGCUCAACCAAGUAUGAGCUGAUCUUCAGGGAAAUCCUGUGGAUCAUGAGUUGCCCUCAGUUCAUAUCUGCAGGAGCUGCAAAAGAUAGAAACAAAGUCUCAGUGCCUUCUUUUUGGCUUUUGUCUUACAUUGUUUUUAUGUUAGCCCAGUUCCCAGGAUGUUGACGAUGACGGUGUUCCAACCUAAAUUCAAUAACUCGCAAAUUGUCAAAAUUUACUUUGUUUAUCUCGGAAUAUUUGGUGGAUCUUCUUUGCUUAAUGUUUCAAAUUUUCACACAACAAGCAUGAGGGUAGUAUUCCCCUCAUAUCAAGAAUUUCUUUUGGAAAGCUUUCAGAAAGAUCCCGUUGUUUUGCACCUAGUCUUCCAGACAUUACAGUAUGAUCCAGACGCCUCUUUUUCAAUGGAUGAAGUGCCUGUGAGUUUCAUGCAGGAAACCAGAAAAUGAGCUCUGUGACAGUUUGUGAAGCUGAGGAUUCAAGUUGCCAAAUAAGUAUCAUGAACCUUUAGUUGUUUGUGCCUAUUGUAACCAGGAUAAACUGACACGGCACGUUAGGUUCUCCAACCCUGCCACACAGUUUAGGCAACACUAACACACUCUUUGUAAUGAGUCUUCACUUAUAGAUCUGUGAAAGUUGACAAAUAUUCAUUUAAUGUGUAUAAAGAUCCUAACGCUUUACUUAACCGCUGUAUAAUAUGUUUGCAUUGCAGUUCCACUGUUUUCAUUUGGCACAAGGAGCACAUGAUGUCAUUUCCUCAGAACCAAAAAUAUGAACAGAAUGUAGUCAUCAGCAGAUUGGAUUCUACUCUAGAAAAGUCAUGUUUUGAGCAUCCAGCACAGAAAAAGUAUUUGAAUCAAUAGUCUGACUUGUGGAUUAAUGCAUUUUGUUCUUUCUUAAUAAUUGGAAGGGGGUAUCGGCACAGCUUGUUUGUAUGUUUUGUCUGGCGCUGCCAUGCUUAAUAACAUGUUUUGUGUAAAACAGUUAUUGUGAAAUCUCCAACUUGUUUCCGAGGCAACCGUUUUUCUUGGUGUGAAGCCCUGACUUCAUAUAUGAGUCUGAUCUGAUUUCAGCUGCUCGGUAAACCUCCCAAAUGUCAAACACUUCUUUCAACUUGUAAGACUUUUCUUGUACUUUUAAUUGACAAAAAGUGUAUAUUCCAUUCUGCAACUAUGAUUUUUGUGUGGGUGUCCUUGCUUAGUGUGACAAAUCUACAUUUGUUGGACUGCUUUGUGCUCUUUGUGCCUCACAUACCAAGUUAUUAUUUUUUUAUUUAUUUGCAAAGUUUCCAUGAAGUCAUUACUUGAGUGUCUUACCUAUCUAUGAAGUUAUUGCACACAGCAAGUAGCUGCACUGAGAUAAGCUUUUGUUUUGGUAUGCUACACUAAUGUUUUUGCCUUAAGAGUUUAGCUGAGGCCUCUGCUACUGACAGUUGGACAUGUUAGAUUUGCGUUCCCCACCAGGUCGGCGUCAGUGUUGGGAACAUCCAAAAAAAUGCUCAGCCUCGUUCGUGCCUGUUGAGAAACGCUCUUGAACCAUUUUUGGAAGCAGAAGUUGAGCUCACUUAUCUGUUUCUACAAAGGUGACCACACACUGUUUCAAUCUGAAUCCGCCAGCGGGAUCAAUAGCAACAAGUAAAAGCACUAUUUUUGCCUCGGAUGUGGAGGCUGCAGCGCUUGCCAGGCCUCAUCACUGCAGAGCGUACAUCUGCUUUGGACAUUGUGAUUUAAAGAUAGCACAAGGGCGUUCAACAAUGGCUGAAUCUGCUUUGCUUACAAGAUGGAGUGAGAUUUUUACCGAAAUUGCACGGAAUUGGCUUCUUUUCAUGAGGAUAUAUGUGACAACAUGGUGUUGAUUAUCGGUCUAAGGUUUAUAGUGCCAUGUUUUCAUUCCACUGCCAGCCUCCUUGUGUUUUACUGCUCCUGACAGGAAUCUGUAAGAUUUGAAGCCUCCUUGAAGCAGAAUGUGUUUUGAUCACGCUUUAGUGAUCCAGGGGACUUCUUUUUCACGAGGUCCAGCAUGUGCCGACGUGGAGUGAUUGAUGAACACUGAGGAGGAACCAGACAGCUGGCCAAAGCUAGGAAGCACAUUCCACCUCCCCGCCAUGCAGCCGUGAUGGGCGUGUCACAGAGUUUAGGGACCCCAGAUGCCCUUAUAGUGCAUUGUUCUGAACUGGGAAGUGAGUCCUUAAAGAGUUCAUCACAAUACAUUUAUUUUUGUUUACUUGAAGAGUCUCUGAGAUUUCCACUGAACCUGCUUUAGUUUGGCUGCAUUGUUUCCACGAUGCCUUUUUGUUAAUGCAGUCUUGAGAUUUUUUUUUUUCUAAAUCACAUACAUGCAUUAAUGAACGAGUCAUUUGUGAAAGUAAAAGCUGAAAGACUUGUGUGUGUUAGUGCGAGUGUAAAAGCCACUAAGCUACAGUAUUAAGGGCACACAAUCAUGAUUAUCAGUUGUAAGAAAAUGUGCUGUAAUUGUUUUGUUGCUUUUUCUCCUGUAGUUAUUAAAGAACAUUGAACAGUG